CACGUUCCCACCCAGGUAGAGACACCGAUACUCCGGUGUUUACCGUGAAGAAGCGGAUUAAAGCGACCGGAGACGCAGCUCUGAGAAUAGGAGUCCAAUGGAGCGUUACGAGUCUCUGGGUCCAGUCGGAGAGGGCAGUUACGGCACCGUGCUCAAGUGCCGCCACCGGGACUCUGGCCGACUCGUCGCCAUCAAGAAAUUCAUCGACUCAGACGACGAUAAGACAGUGAAGAAGAUCGCCCUCCGGGAAAUCAAGCUGCUCAGGCAAUUGCGUCAUGACAAUUUGGUGAACCUCCUGGAGGUGUGGAAGCGUCGUCGUCGCUGGUACCUGGUCUUUGAGUUCGUGGACCGGACGCUUCUGGAUGAACUGGAGCAGAACUCCAACGGGCUGGACCUCAACACCUGUCGCCGGUACCUAUUCCAGAUCCUCCGAGCUACCAACUUUUGUCAUCAGCAAAACGUCAUCCAUCGUGACAUCAAACCCGAGAACAUCCUCAUCUCUCAGGAGGGUGUGGUCAAACUGUGUGAUUUUGGCUUUGCCCGGAUCAUUGCGUCACCCUCCGAAGGUGCCGUUUAUACAGACUAUGUAGCCACUCGUUGGUACCGAGCUCCUGAACUGCUCGUGGGAGACAUCAAGUAUGGCAAACCGGUAGAUGUUUGGGCCCUGGGCUGUCUGCUGAUAGAGAUGUUAACGGGACAACCUCUUUUUCCUGGAGACUCCGACCUUGACCAGAUAUACCACAUUGUCAGGUGUUUCGGCAACUUGACUGCUCAUCACCAGGAGUUAUUUUACAGAAAUCCCAUCUUUUCUGGAGUUAAACUGCCUGAAUGUUCAAAAACAGUCCCCCUGCAACAACGCUUCUCCACAAUUCCACCAAACGCCCUCGAUCUGGCACAGAAGUGUCUAGCUAUGGACCCAAAAAGACGAGCUCAGUGUUCGGACCUGUUAGAGCAUCUUCUCUUCACUCAAGACUCUUUCAACACCAGAUUUUUAGAUGAGCUGGACACUAAAAUCCAAAAAGACCACAGAGAAAACUAUACUCUUCCCAAAAUACCCCAAACCGCACUGCAAGAAAAAGAUAAAGGAGAUGUUAAAAACUGCAGAAGCAAAAACAAGAAACAAUCGGAAGAAGCUGAAGAGAAAGUAAUCAAGGAAAAGAUGGACAAAACCAAGGGAAAACAACCAUCCAAGCUGACUAAAUCUGUUGUUAAUACAACCGAAUCUUUUAUGUCCAAACAACCCAAAACAUUUGCCAACAAGGGUAUCUGUCAACCGGAACAGUUUUCAAUGAAAUCAGAAAAGCCAACUGGUUCAGAGUUAAAGGAGUCUGAACUUUUAAAGUCAACUAAAAUCUGUAGCUCUGACUCGGCCGAUGUUACCACAAAAGCAGUAAACUUAAAGAAGAAAAGCUCAGUAGCAGCAAAACCUGUAUAUGACCAGGAUAUGUCUCCAGAUCAAAGAAAAGACGAUGCUCACAAUGCAAAAGACAUGGACUAUACCAACCCGGACAGUGAGAAAACCAUGAUGCUAAUCAGGGAAUCAUCUAAAUCUGAGAUAAGCAAUGAGUUUGUAAGGAACUUUAGCAACCUUAGCAUAAAAGUUUCAAAAUUGUCUAAAAUUGCCAUUUCUGAUGCUAAAAGUUUAAAUUCAUCUCCAAAACCUAUUUUGGAAUCAGACACAAGCGUAGCACCCACAUAUCCUCUACUGUCCUUCAAUGAUCGUACUGCCUCGGCAAUGCUUGAUGUCACAAAGUCAGGCAAGAUAAAUUUGGCAUCAAUCACUGACAUAGUGGAAGACGAAUGUCCCAAAAUCCCCAGGAAACCCCAAAUUCUCUCAAACAGUGGUCAACACGGUCACAACAACACCUCCUUCAGCCCUUCAAGGACGGUUGUAGAUGUUUCUAAACAGUUGUUUAAGACCGUCUCCGAAGCCAGUGCUGCACACAACCCUUCUGCCCCACCUCGAGUAAUCCCACAUUCAAAGGUGCCCAAAACUACCUGCGCUGCAAAGACUUCUUCAAAAGAAAAGGAGCCUACAGAGGACCAGCACGUGAGGAACUAUCACAGACACUUAAAGCUGAAUCCAAUGACACAAACUCCCACAACACCUUGUCCGUCGUCGCGGGUUUUAGACUGGGAUCCUGAAUCAUCAGAGCCAUAUCUUCUUUGUUCACAAAGCAACAUGAUCGCUACAGAAGAAAGAUUUACCUCAACCUUUGUGCCAGAUGAAAACUUAUCAGUGGGAAAAGGUCUGACAGUGUCAGCAAAAGAUAACCAAGAUUAUUUAGCCAGUUCUGUGUCCAUUAGUUCAACAUCUAAUGACUUAAAGGCUCCUGAAAGUUUGGCUAAUGACAAAAAGAACAUCAGCAGUUCCUUGAAAUCCUUGAACUUUUCUCACCACUAUCACAACCCUACGACAGCUCAAUCUUUGAAUGACCACAUCAGGUCCGCUGUGAACCCUAAGACUCAAAGGAUUACAAUUCCUCCCGAUGCAAAGAAGAGAAGCAACAAAGUAGAAGGAAAUGGCACAAAUACAUCCACUGAUUUGACUUCAGUCAUGUCUGUAGAUCACAAAGCUUUGACGAGAAGCCCUAUCCUUCAUGAAAAAGACACCACAGACAUUGAUGAAUUUGAUUACAGCAUACUCCGAUCAUGUACACCUUCUCCUCCUCCAGGACCUGCCACCAAUCGUCUACACCUCCCUCCAUCUUCCAGAACCCUUACCCCUUCAGUCUUUGUCUCCAGUACCUUCAGCCCUGCUGCCAAUGACCACCUGCUCCAGGGAGGAGGUUUUCACACCGGGACCAGCAGUCUUCGGAGUUUAGACAAGCCAAGGCCUUAUGGUGGCAUUCAGGGUCGACAGGACCAACAGUUUGGACUGAACCAUGCUACAAGGUCCUUCAUCUUACAGGCAUCAGAGCACAGUUUUACAAGUGAACGGUCUAAAAAUAGCGUCCAUUUCCCAGAUGUAAGAAGCUCAAUGCUGGCGGAGCUCAGUGGAAAAGACGCCAAACAGAACAAGGGCACCACCAGGGAACAGAGAACGGAAAAGACUCCGGUGUCGUCCAGCCCUUCAUCAGAGGGACAGUACGGACAAAACUUCAACACAAAUACACCAAAACAAUCAAAGUAAAAUCAACAUUUUCUACUCUCUAAAUAUGCUGAUUUUGUUUUAAUUAAAUAAAAACUGCUGAACCACAUAAACAUACUGACUUUACGUUCCUUAAAUGCUUUUAUGUUUUAUACUGAUGUAGCUAAAUCUUGCUAACAUAGACAAAAGUAGUUAUUUUUCCCAAUCAAGUGAACCUAAGAUGAUCUACAGAGAGACGGAUUAACCCUUGAGGAUUUACAACUGUUAAUGGAUGAUUUAUGUUGGUAUUUACAUGGUACACUACACAGGGAAUCGAAAUGUAAAGGUUGAAUCAUGAAAUUAAA